AUGAGGUUACCACUAUUCACGUUUGCAGUGGCCUUUGGAAAUUUAUUAGGUAAAUGUUGUGCAAAUGUGCCCGAUGGUGAAGAUCCCGCACAAUGCUCCAUCUAUGGAAAUUGUGGCAAGAAAAGUGUGUUCGGAGCAGAAAUGCCGUGCCCUGUAUCCAAACACUUCAAACCAGAGCCCCUCACAGCAGAGGAUAGGAAUUUCUUGGUGGAGGUGUGUGGAACAGAUUGGCAGGAUGUAUCAAAUUCAUGCUGCACAAAGGACCAAAUCGUUAAUCUUCAAAACAACUUGCAACGAGCUGAAGCUCUUAUUGUGUCUUGUCCUGCAUGCCACGAGAAUUUCAAGCGCCUAUUCUGUCAUUUCACCUGCUCUUCUCAGCAGCGCAAAUUUACUGAAGUCACAGAAACUGGAAAAUCCAUCGAUGGUAAGGACAUUGUUUCAAGCAUGAACGUCUUUCUUGACCCUAAUUGGGCUUCCCAAUUUUAUGAUUCAUGCAAAGGCGUUAAGUUUGCUGCAACCAAUGGAUACGCAAUGGACCUUAUCGGCGGGGGUGCUAAAAAUUACGAGCAGUUUCUCAAGUUUUUAGGUGACGAAAAACCUCUGCUUGGAGGAUCACCUUUUCAGAUCAAUUACGUCUACAAUGUAAGUGGCACCGAUCACCAGUUAUUCAAUCAGACGGUUUAUGCUUGUGAUGAUGAACAAUAUAAAUGUGCCUGCACAGACUGUGGUGCAUCUUGUCCUAAUUUGGAACCACUGAAUGGGCGCACAUGGAAGGUCGCCGGCAUGCCACUAUUUUCCUUCAUUGUUCUGAUUUUGUAUGUUGCCUUUUUUGCCUCUAUUGUUCUCUGGCACUUUCAUUUGUUUGAAGGCAGAAAGAGUCCGAUAAUGCUCGAACAUGAUGUGGGGCAGAACGAAAUCAGGGGUGCAAGCGAUACCCUAUUUCAAGAGCACACCUACCAUGUGUAUUCAGUGGACGACAAAAUCGCUCGCAUCUUGAGCCAUAUAACUGAUUUUUCUGCGGCGCGGCCAAUUUUCGUUUUAACACUCACGACAUUGAUUGUUCUCUUGUUAUCGGGAUGCGCUUGGAUAUUCGGAAACCUUGAGACGAACCCCGUGGAUCUCUGGGUGAGUAAAAGUUCACCGAGAUAUCAGGAGAAGCUCUAUUUCGAUGAACACUUCGGACCCUUUUACCGCGUAGAGCAGAUUUUUGUUGUCAACGAAACAGGACCAGUCCUUUCCUAUGACACAUUAGCAUGGUGGUUCUCGGUUGAAAAUAAUAUUACCAACCACCUCAAGUCUCCAGAAAAAUUAACUUACCAGGAUCUUUGCUUCAGACCAACAGAAGACAGCACCUGUGUCAUAGAUUCACUCACUCAAUACUUUGAUGGACAACUUCCAAAUGAGGUCGACUGGAAAUAUAAACUCAAGGCGUGCGGAGAUUCUCCUGUCAAUUGUUUGCCAUCAUUUCAGCAGCCGCUCAAAUCGAACCUUCUGUUCAGUGAUGAAAAUAUACUAGAAUCAAGAGCGUUUGCAGUAACGUUACUCUUAAAUGAGCAUUCGAAAGCGGCGUCACUCUGGGAGAAUGAACUGGAGGCAUUCUUAUUGGCUCUGGACCCUCCGAAAGGGUUGCGCUUGAGCUUCAGCACCGACAUGUCAUUGGAGAAGGAAUUGAACAGAAACAAUGAUAUUCUUAUAAUUUGCGCAUCUUAUCUAUUGAUGUUCUUUUACGCUUCAUGGGCGUUGGGUACCGAGACCGGAGAGAAGCGAAUUUUGUUAGGCUGUUCCGGUAUAUUGAUAGUUUUGGGCUCUGUCACGUCAGCUGCCGGAGUCUUGAGCAUUCUAGGCGUUAAGUCUACAUUGAUCAUCGCAGAGGUAAUUCCGUUUUUGAUCCUGGCCAUUGGUGUCGAUAACAUUUAUUUGAUAACACAUGAAUAUGACCGGGUUUUCAGUAGUGCCGAUUUUCUUGACGUUCAGCAAAUUAUGGAGAAGGCCCUGAGAAAAAUCUCUCCGUCAAUUGCCCUGUCCCUUAUGUGCCAGCUUAGCUGUUUCCUGACGGCCACAUUCGUCAAAAUGCCUGCCGUUCGCAACUUUGCAAUUUACUCUGCCGUAUCCAUUGUCGUUAAUGUCUUCCUGCAGCUUACCGCAUACGUGUCAAUCUUGACAUUGUACGAGCAGAAAUAUCCGAGAAAAUGCUUGAGGGCUACUUCUGACAUCCCUACCGAUUCAAAUUUAAAAAAAAUGUACUUGAGGCUGUUACAAAAGAAAAAGACAAUAUGCGGAGUUUUCAUAACGGGCGCAUUGAUCGCCCUUGCCCUUCUCCCAUAUCUUGAUUUAGGUUUGGACCAAACCUUGGCUGUUCCACAGGAUUCUUACUUGGUGAACUAUUUUAAUGACGUCUACGAAUACCUCAAUGUGGGACCUCCUGUCUACUUUGUCGUGAAAGAUCUGGAUCUCAAAGGGCGCGAAAAUCAGAAAAAGGUCUGUGGAAAAUUCACAACUUGCAAUAAAUUCUCUCUAGCAAAUCGGCUGGAGCAGGAACGUCAGAGAUCGACCAUCGUGGAGCCAGUGGCGAAUUGGUUUGAUGACUUCAUGAUGUUCUUAAACCCACAGCUGGAUACUUGCUGCCGGCUAAAAAAAGGAACAGAGGAUAUAUGCCCACCUUUUUAUCCAAGCAGGAGAUGUAAAACAUGCUUUUCUGACGAUGAAUGGUUUUAUGACAUGGAAGGGUUUCCAGAGGGCCACGCAUUCAUGGAUUACUUUGACAUAUGGAUUAAUGCACCAAGUGACGAGUGUCCUCUGGCUGGAAAGGCGCCGUAUUCUACGGCUGUUGCCUAUAAUGACAGCACUGUCAUAUCCUCGGUGUUUCGAAGUGCACACAGACCAUUGAGGUCUCAAGAGGACUACAUCACUGCCUAUGCGGAUGCCAAUCGUAUCGUUGAGUCGUUCGAUCAGCUGGAAGUUUUUGCCUAUUCUCCGUUUUAUGUUUUCUUCGAGCAAUACGGAACAUUGAUCUCGUUGGCCCUCAAACUGCUUGGUUUCUCAGCGUUCUCCGUUUACUUGAUAACAUGGCUUUUUCUGGGCUCCGCGAGUACUGCAGGCCUCUUAGUUCUCACGGUCGGAAUGAUAGUGAUUGACCUUGGUGCAUUGAUGUUCUUAAUGAACAUUUCGCUCAAUGCUGUCAGUCUGGUUAAUCUGGUCAUAUGCGUUGGUAUAGCCGUCGAAUUUUGUGUACACAUUGUGCGGGGGUUUACUAUUGUUCCACCCCAUAUUAAGACAGAUCGCCAAGCGAGAGUUGCACACGCUGUCAACACUAUCGGUGGAUCUGUUUUCAGCGGUAUCACAACUACAAAACUGAUUGGUGUUACAGUUCUAGCUUUCACGAGGUCGAAAAUCUUCCAAGUUUUUUACUUCCGUAUGUGGUUUAUUCUGAUCGUGGUAUCAUCGCUCCAUGCUCUGCUUUUCCUGCCCUCUAUUCUUUCUUUACUUGGCGGCAAAAGCUACGCUGACAGAGAAGUUGACGUGGCUGAUUGA